UGCCUACCGAAAAACUAACUUUAUAUUUGUGAUGGUCUAUCAAAGAAACCGUCUCUCACAAGAAUUUGUGUUUUAUAAAAGGUGAACAACGUCCUUGACAAUAUUGCUGGAGGAAUUAUGCUCUUUUCUAACUUUGGAUUCUAUACAAAUGUUUAUCUUUAUCUAUGAUUAGAAAUAAUCCCGUUUUAACCCACUAAAUCUAACUUCUUAAUCUCCAGCAGAUAAAUACUAAUUAAUUGGAAUGAAGGAAUAAAAGGUAGGAUGAGUGAAUAGAAAGACUAAAUGUGAAAUGCAAAUCAAAUUCCGAACCUCAUAUGAAAAAAGUAGCACUUGACAAUAUUGCUGAAUGACGAAAAUGCCCCAAGAUUGUAGAAAUGGGCUGAGGGCUUAGGCGGUGGUAUAUAUUAUCCCUCCGUAUAAGACCAUAACCCUCUCCCAUUCCGCAGUUCCGCUACUUCUCUCUCCUCAUAAUUUUCAUUUCUUACUGCCGUUUUCUUUUCUCUCCCAAGCUCUUACAAACCUCCAUCAAUGGCGUCAGUAGAUCCAGAGCUCAAAGAAGAAGAGCAAGUUCCAGCAGAAGAAGAAGAUACUGGAGCUCAAAUUGCCCCUAUCGUCAGACUUGAAGAGGUUGCCGUUACUACUGGUGAAGAAGAUGAAGAUGCUCUGCUCGAUCUAAAAGCGAAGCUCUACAGAUUUGAUAAAGAAGGAAAUCAAUGGAAAGAGAGAGGUACUGGUACCGUCAAGUUUCUCAAGCAUAAAGUCAGUGGAAAGGUUCGAUUAGUCAUGCGGCAAUCUAAGACAUUGAAGAUCUGUGCUAAUCAUCUCAUUAUUGCUGGUAUGACGGUUCAAGAACAUGCUGGAAAUGAGAAGUCCUGUGUAUGGCAUGCUAGUGAUUAUGCUGAUGGAGAAUUAAAGGAGGAGAUGUUCUGCAUCCGAUUCGCAUCUAUUGAAAAUAACAAAAACUUCAUGGAGAUGUUCCAAGAGAUUGCUGAAUCACAGCAGAAGCAGGAGGAGAAUAAAGAUGCAUCCGCCACUGCUGAAGCUCUUGAAAAGCUGAGUGUUGGUGGAGAGAAAAGCGAGGAGAAAGUUUCCGAGGAGGAAGCUUCUCCAGCUAAAGAAGCAGCUACUCCAGCUGAGGAGACAAAAGCCGAGCUGAAAAAGGAUGACGAGGAGAAGAAGGGUGAAGAUUCUAGCGCUUGAUUCAUGGUAUAUUUCAAAGUCUGUUAGCUGUCCUUCAUUUUGCGCAAAUAUUUUGAUAGUCAUUAUUUUGGUCGGUAUUUAUUCAAGAGACCAAAUGGGUUGUUGUCUAGUUUGUUGAUGCUAUGUCUUCUAUCUGGGUGGUGAGGGUUUUUUGUUGUUUUCAUUUUGGGUUCUUAGAUGAGGCUCCCAAUGCCUUCAUAUAUACUAAAUUAUGUACUUGGUGUAAGUUGGGUGUGCUUUUCGCUGUACGCUGAGUCUUGCAUUUACGGGAAUUUUCUACAAGAAAAAGCCUUUUUGUUAUAGUUGGCUCUUCUUUUGU